ACAUGUUGACUUCUUCUCUCUCAAAUUCUUCAAAUUUUCUUUCUCUACCUUCUUAUUUUCCUAACCUUUUGUUCUCCAAUUCAAUCUUUUAUAAUUUUCUCAUAUUUCAUCAUUUGCUACUUCAGUUUUUUCUUUCUUUAGUUGCCUGCUAUUUCUUUGUAGCUCUGGACAAAUUCUCAUGUUUCACCUUCAAUAAAUAGAAGUUUCAAGGUGUUUCUAGCUUCAAGAUUUCUUCACUCUUCUCACUCACAUGUUGGCUUCUGGAUCAAGACACUUUUUGUGAUUAGUUAUGAAUGCACCAUGGCAAUUUGCUGUAUCAAACUCUAGGUGGUAUCUUUAAAUAUUAGGGGCCUAGGAGGGGUGGGGAAAAAGAGGGAGGUUCGGGAAUUGGUGAUGAGGCACAGAGUAUAGAUUUUGUUUUUGCAAGAAUCAAAAAUGGAACUAGUAGACAAACAACUAUGUAGAAAACUUUGGGACUCAGACAAUAUGGAGUGGGUGGCAAAACCAUCUUCGGGAGCCUCGGGAGGAUUAAUCAUAAUCUGGAAUAGUGAGGUAUUCAAGAAAGUAGAUGUUUUUGAAGGUGAUGGUUUUCUUGGGAUUUAUGGGUUAUGGGGACCUGAUGCUCACCCGUGCAUUUUGUGUAAUGUAUACUCUUCGUGUGAUUUGGAGAAAAAGAAAAUUCUGUGGGGAUCAUUUCAGCAGAAAAUAAAGAACAACAGGGGAUGCUGGUGCAUAGGGGGUGAUUUUAAUGUCAUCAGAUGUCUACAAGAAAGGAAGGGAGGAAGGAGUGCAAGGAGAGAAAUCAUGGGUUUUCAAGAAUUCAUCUUGAACAGCGGAUUGAUGCAUUUACCACUGUUGGGAAGGAAAUAUACAUGGUAUCAACCGAAUGGUCAAUGUAUGAGCCGCUUGGACAGGUUCUUGUUCAAUGAUGAAUGGUUAACGAAAUGGCCUGAUUUGAAGCAAUGGGGUCUCCACAGAUCUAUGUCGGAUCACAGCCCAAUAUUGGUAAAAAAUGAAGCACAUAAUUGGGGUCCAAAGCCAUUCAAAUUCUUUAAUGCUUGGCUACAUAACCCGGGAUUUACAGAGAUGGUUGCAGCAAAAUGGAGAGAGAUUUCAAUCCAAGGAUGGGGUGGAUUCAUUUUGAAGGAAAAUUUGAAAAUGACUAAAGAGUUCCUUCGGGUUUGGUCAAAAUCUUCAUUACAAGAAGUGGAUAGAAAGAUUGAGGAAUCCAAGGAGGAGAUGAACAGAAUUGAUGUAAAAGUAGAAACUUGCAGCUUAGCAAAAGAAGAUCUAUUUCUUAGAAGCUCACACUACACUGAGUUAUUAAAGAAUAUGCAACUGAAAGAAGAGAUGGCCCAACAAAAAGCAAGGAAAAACUGGCUGAAAACAAGAGACGCUAAUACCAGUUUCUUCCACAAAUGCAUCAAAAGGAGAUGGCGCAAAAAUGAAAUAAAUGUAAUCUCCAUAGAGGGCAAAGAGUUGAGGCAAGUUGGAGAUAUAAAACAAGGAGUAAUGAAGUAUUUUGAGAACUUAUUUACUGAUGAGGGAUGGACAAGACCGAAGUUAAAGGGGCUCAAAUUCAGAACCAUUUCGGAGGCAGAUAGAUGUAUGCUUACUAAGCCUUUUACAGAAGAAGAAGUCAAAAUAGCGGUAUGGAAUUGUGACAGCACCAAAGCACCAAGGCCAAAUGGAUUUACAUUCGGUUUUAUAAAGAAUGAAUGGGAGGUGAUCAAGGCAGAUAUCAUGGAAUUCCUUAAGGAUUUUCACAGCAACAGAAAACUGGUAAAGGGGUCUAAUGCUUCUUUUCUCGUCUUGAUACCGAAGACAGAGAACCCCCAAGGUGUGGAGGAGUAUCGACCUAUCUCUUUAAUUGGAUGCACUUACAAAAUUCUUGCUAAACUGCUAGCAAACAGGCUCAGCAAAGCAUUGAACUCAAUUAUAGGAGAAAAUUAAUCUGCUUUUAUUAAGGGAAGGCAACUUGUAGAUGGAGUGGUUGUUGCAAAUGAAGCAAUUGAUGGGGC